AUGUCUGGUAGCAUCGUCAGCAAUCCACUUGACCUUCCAGAAUUCAGAUCACUUGUCGGCAACUAUCUCACAAAAGAAGAUUUCCUUCAAUGUAUUCGAGUUUGCCGAGCCUGGCAUGCUUCCUUCAUAUCAGCAGUUUGGAAAGAAUGUACCAUCAACGCACGAUUGAUCGCUGAGCAAUUCCAGAGUAUCCAAUCUAUCCAGCGCCAUAGACACCUUAUCCAUUCCCUCACGAUCCUCGGCAUAAUGGAUCCACGUUUAGCAGAACUAGUCUUCCCCAAUAUUGAGACCCUUCGCAUCCAUGGUGUACCGCGGGAAUCAAGCAACAUCAUGGGUGAUUUCCUUUAUAACAAUAAUCCCUUGUACUCACUAUCAUCAUUCUCAUCAGCACACAUUACAGCAGCAGCAACAAACCCACGGACAUCAAAAGCUGCCACACUUCAAGUAAGAUCCACUCCAAAUAUCCGUCGAGUCUCUGUCUCACAUGCUUUCGUCCACUGGGAGGCUCUUUCCAAACAUAAACAUCUCAAGGAACUGCGUGUGUCCACCGUCUGGGGUUCUCAUCUUUCCAAAAGGACCGAAAAAUAUUUUUGGCGAACUUUUAGAAAUAUUGAGACCUUAAUUUUGGACAAUGUUUCUAUAAGAGACAUGUCCUAUAUUCUGAACCAUGGCCGAUUCGAUGAUGAUGACGAAGAGGAUGAUGAUCAUGAUGAGUUUUACCAUUGUCAUAAUCCUGAUUGUGGAGGCGGAGGCUACAGCAUUGAUAGAGAGAUGAGACAAAACAACAAAAGCAGCAGCAGCAACCACAGAAAAGAUAAUACCUUUUUAUUUCCAAAACUCAGAACGUUGCGGAUUACAAGUGAAGAUACUCUUACCUGGGAUAGUAACCGAAUCCUUUUUGCGGAACAAUGUCCUAAUCUGGAGUACCUUCUCCUUGCCACUAAUACCGCACCACAGAGCGAUGAUGAAAGUAUUAAGAACGGCGGCGAAAAAGCUUCGAACAAACUUAUCCGAUUGCUCACGACAACGAAAACAAUUAAUGGGGAGACGGUUGCAGCCACAGCCACAGCCACAGCCACAGCCAUAUCUUCAUCUACAACUACAACCAUAAAAACCAGGACGUGGCCCCGCCUUUGUGGUCUUGCGUAUGAAGGCUUUGAUUUUUCGGAUGCAACAGUGGCUUUGAUUCUAAGGACAAUGCCUUUUCCAUGUCGUCAUUGGAAAGUACCUCGUGCAAGGUAUGGUCCACUCUCAUUUGACGCCUUCCAACAAUAUGGUCAUUUCCAGAGCCUUGAAGUUUUGGACGUCAAGGAUUGUAUGCCCUAUAUCACAAGCGCCUGGAUACAAACCAUUAUGGAGUCUUGUCCACAACUGAGGAAACUUUAUGCAGAUCGGAUAUAUAUUCAGGAUAUUGCCAAAGGCCAACCAUGGGUCUGUAGGUUGCUCACAGAACUAUGUGUCUUUUUUGACGCAAGGCAACUACUAGAUGUAUCAGAAGAUAGGUUCAUGGAAGGUAUAGAGGAAGGAGGAGGAGAAGGAGGAGGAGGCGGAGGAGGAGGAGGAGGAGGAGGAACAGGAGGUAGUAGUCAUAGUGAGUUGAUCAACGGUGUGAGCAUAUUUGCAAGACGGUCAUCAAUGGUCUCCAUCAUUGUAGGAGAUGCAGAGAUGAAUGAGAUCCAAGGAAAGGCCUUUGAACAGCUAUCACGGUUACAUAAUUUGGAAGUACUGGACAUGGAUCCGGAUUUUGAUGAUGAGGAUGAUGCAAAUAUGGAGAUGUGCUAUGAGGAAAAUGGUCGGCCUGCAAUCGAUCUUCGGUUAAGUGCGGGUCUUUUCAAAAUGGCAACGUGUAAACGGUUGAGGAGAGUACGGUUUUUUUCGACUCGACAGUAUAUGGCUGAAGAGGAAGCCUAUUGGAUAGUUCGACAUUGGAAACAACUGCGUGAUAUUGCGGGGAACUUUAACUGCCAGGAUGAAGAAACCGAUAGAAGGAUAACAAAAAUUCUACGAUCUGCGAAUAUUUUUGUGCAUGGAUAUUGA